CUAUACAUCACUCAUACCCGCCAUGCGGUGCUUGAUAUCUGUCGCGCUGCUAAUUCAAUGCAGCACCGCUGCUGAUCGGGUGAUGAUGUACAAAGCACGAGGGACUGAGUGCGGCCAAGCAUUUCUGCAGAAGUCUUGGGUGAUUUAUGCGAAGCGCUUCGCAGGCCUUGAUGUGGGCGAUUGCCCUGGCAAAGGCUACACCGUGGCAACCAAAAGCAUGCACAUGAAGGUUCCAGUCUUAGGGACAGAGGUCCCAGUGCAGAUGUACCGGCGCCGGCAGAUUCAGCAUGAUGGCCUGCAUCUGCGACACACGCGCAUUGCAUCGCCAGAGCAUUUUGCGCCUUCAGAUCACUCACUGGCACGUGCCGCCUUCAAAAGGCACCACCACCAUGCUUGGUGGCAUCACAGCCAAAGACAUGCCGGACCUGGCUUCUGCGGUUUGCUACACCGGCCUUGGCUGAGACUGCCACACAUCCUGGGACUUGGUGCUUGAGGCUGUCAAUAUUGAUGUUGUGGGGCUUGGCGUGAUGUGAUAUGGACAGAUCCAAG